CUUUCGGCGGAGGUUCAAGUGCCUCUGGAUGUUGAAGCUUUAUGCUCGGUUUUCCCCACUGAAUCAGAUGGUAGGGAUGACUGUGAGGAUGAUCUGGAAGCGCUCCGUGCUAUUCAGAGACGAUUCGCCUCAUAUAAUGACGAUAAUGCAAAAGAAGAAUUGGAUAAGAAGUUGCAUAAGCCUGUGCAGAUGGACAUAACAGUGCAUUUCAGAUUUCAGAAGCUGGCAGUCAUCUUGAUGCUAGACUCCAGUCCUGUGAGUUGUCUGAGUGGAACAAUAGUAGCACAGAAAAUGAAUCUUGCUUGUUAUCCGGAAGCUCUAAUUUCCCUCAAUCAGCACAAGCUUUUGUGGAUGCAAUAAAGAAGAACCGGGCUUUCCAGAAAGUUAUUCGAAACAAAAUACUUCACAUUGAAGCAAAGAUUGAAGAGUUAAAGAAACUCAAGGGCGGGUUAAAAUCUUCAGGGAUUUUCAGGCUGCUUGCAGAAAGAGGACUGGUCAUGCCUUGGCACAAAAAAAGGAUGCACGGGUCCAGUUGAUAUCUCUAUCAAGACAAAAGGUUAAUUCAAAGUCAAAAGAGAGAAAGUGUUCUGCUUUGUAUCAUCCACCACCUGAGAAUUCUGUAGUUACUAGUUACAGAGAAGCAUUGUUGAAGUUUCCUGUAUCUGUAAAUCGAGAACGGUGGUCAAAAGAAGAAAGGGAGAAUCUUUUGAAAGGCGUGAAACAACAAUUCCAGGAAACUAUGUUUCGUCGCUCAAUUGAUCUAAGAAGUGACAUGUAUGAAUCUUCUGGAGAUUUGACUGAUAUUGACAACAAUAUUUCGUCCAUAAAGGACCUCGAUAUUACCCCUGAAAUGAUGAGGUUGUUUUUACCCAAGGUCAAUUGGGAUCGUUUGGCUUCAAUGUACAUUCCCAAACGUACUGGUCUUGAAUGUCAAACAAGAUGGUUAAACUGGGAAGACCCCUUAAUCAAUCAUGAACCUUGGUCGGAUAAUAAUGUGGAGGAUAAGAACCUUUUGAAUAUUGUUCAUCAAAAGGGGCUCAGUAACUGGAUUGAUAUUGCAAUAUCCUUGGGAAGUAACAGGACUCCAUUUCAGUGCUUAACACGCUAUCAAAGGAGUUUAAAUGCUACAAUUAUUAAAAGUGAGUGGACUGAGGAGGAAGAUGAUAAACUGAGAGCGGCUGUGGAAGCUUUUGGUGAUAGUAAUUGGCAGGCUGUUGCUGCUACCCUCGUAGAGCGGACAGGUACCCAGUGCUCCAAUAGAUGGAUUAAAACCCUUAACCCUGCUCGGGAGAGGGCUGGGAAAUGGACUGCUGAUGAAGAUAAACGCUUGAAAGUUGCUGUAAUGCUUUUUGGGCAAAAAUCUUGGAAGAAGCUAGCUGAGUAUGUACCUGGGCGUACUCAUGUGCAGUGUAGGGAAAGAUGGGUCAACUGCUUAGAUCCUGCAUUGAAUUUAAAUAAAUGGACUGAAGAAGAGGAUUUGAAGCUGGCAGCUGCAAUUGAGGAACAUGGAUAUUCAUGGUCGAAGGUUGCUACCUGUGUUGCCCCACGCACUGAUAGUCAGUGUAGGAGGCGAUGGAAGGUGCUAUAUCCACAUCAAGUUCCUUUGCUGCAAGAAGCUAGAAAUAUACAAAAGGCUGCAUUCAUAUCCAACUUUGUCGAAAGGGAGACUGAACGACCUUCCCUUACACCAAUUGACUUUGCUCAAGUACCAUUACUCCUAAAUGUAUCUCGGUCUGAAAAUUUCGGGAAAUGGAAAAUAGGACCAAAGUGUGACAUAGCACCAAGGAAAACGUCUUCACAUUCUCCAAGAACAGUUAAUGUCAUGGAUGUUGCGAAUCGCGGAGAUGGUAUCACUAUAAAUACAAGUAAAAGGAGCAAGCGGAAGCUAAAAAGAAAAAUGUGCACUGACCAUGAAUCAGAGGGACCACCAGCGGUGGGUGUUGCUAGGAGGAAAAGGAAGACUUCCAAAUUGCCUCCCAGAAAGAAAGGAAAGCACGGACAUUAUGAAGAUGUUCCAGAGCUUUCUGCUAGGAAUGAAGCAAACCAAAACUCUUCACCUUGUUCACGUGGCCGGAAAACUAUCAAGUCUUCUUCAAAGAAAGGUAGAAUACGUUGUUCUAGAAAAAAAUGUAAUGAUCCAUCUCUUGGCCAAGGUCAUCAUCCCUUACCUACUUCAUCAUCAUAUAUUAGCAAAGGCAAAUACACUGUUGAUGAAGGGGGUGGAAAAGAUUGGGAAAAUGCUUGCCCGCAUAAUGGGCAACAUGCUUUACAAGAAUUAUCUGGAAGCAACCUUGAAAAUGGAUUACCUGGGGAGCAAUAUAAUUAUUCUUCACUGUCCUGUGAAUCUAAUACUUGCAUGAAGUCUUGUGAUAGAUUGGAAGAUGAAAUGCCUCUGGCUCACUUUAUCAAUAAAGUGAAGAGAAGAAGGCUCGAUCCUGCUGCCAUCAUCAGGGGAUGAACUUUCAUUUCGUUCAACUUUUCAACAUAAUGAAAGCAAGGGAUCGAGGCUCGAGCCUAAUAAAUGGUAACUACUGCAAAACCCGCACUAGAUAUUGUUGAGUAUACGUUAUUUUUUGUUUGCCGUCUUUUGUAAGGCUGGCAGGCCUGAUGUUACACUCAUGAGUUUCAGUUCUCAAUCAGUUGUAUAGGGAUACAUUUUUGACACACAUCUUUUGGUUGGCAAGUGUGUGCAGUGGGGGUGUUAAUGUCUAUGUUUGUGCCAUGCUGUUUUUGGUUAUAUAUUUAGUUUAGGCACUGUCAUUUUUUUUAAAUAGAUGUUUUGGGUUGUAAGAGUAGAAGUGCAUUUUCGAUGCAUUUUUUUCUAUGUAAUUAUUUACAAUCGUUCUUCUACCUAUUAUAUGCUCCCUCAGUCCAUAAAAACACUUCAUAGUUUGACCGGGCAUGCAUAUUUAGGAGAUGAAAAUAACAUUGACUUUACUAAAAUGCCCCUUUCAUCCGUUUACCAUCACCACAGAGCCACAAUUUGUUUCCUUCCAUCUUCUUCCGUCAAGAACACAGGUCUUAGAUGUAUUCCAAAUCAAACAUUCAACAAACACCAAGAUCUCAAAUGUCAAUAUGGACACCAG